AUGGCUUCUAUCCCUAAGCUCUACUCUGAUUAUCCACUAUUCAAUCAACCUUCUCAAUUUGCAAAUCCCGAUCAUCUCCUCAUGGACGGAGGCGAAUCAUUUUCCAUCAUUCCUGCUAAUAAUAACCUGUGGGGUGAUCAUCAAGAAAACUAUCCAGUAAUCUUGGAUAAUGACAUCAUUCAGCCGGAGGUGACGUCAUCGCCGGUGACGUUCCCGGAGAGACUUGGGAUUUCCAACUUGGUUGUGCCGGCGCCGGAAUAUUAUAACAUGGGUUUGUAUGGCAUCAAUGUCGAGAAUUAUGGGCAAUUAGGAAAUUAUUUGUGUGAGUUCGGGGAAGACAGCAGCUGCUGUAGUUUUUCUUCGCCGGAGUUCAAGCCGCUUUGUCCUACUGCCGGAGACAAUUGGGGAAUUCUCGGGAACCAAACACCUCCGGCUGAAGAGAGUAAUAUAAAGGUUGGGAGAUAUUCAGUGGAAGAGAGAAAAGACAGAAUUCUCAGGUACUUGAAGAAGAGAAACCAAAGGAACUUCAACAAGACCAUUAAGUAUGCAUGCCGGAAGACCUUAGCUGAUAGAAGGGUGAGAAUUCGUGGGAGAUUUGCGAGGAACAAUGAACAAUGUGAAGAGGAUAUAAUGACAUCCAGGAAGAAUGAAAAUCUUCACAUGAAUCACAAAGAAGAACAUCAAUUAUUAUUUCCUGAUGAUGCUCUGCAGAUAAAACAUGACGAGGAGUGGCUGCAGGAGGCGAUGUCAAAUUUGAUAUAUCUACCGUACAUGGCGGGUUGA